AUGAUAAUUACCGGAAAGUCCAAUGAAGAGCACUUAGAACGGUCAGAGGAAGUUCUAAAGCGAUUACAAGAGGCAGGUUUGAGAGCAAACAAAGAGAAGUGUGAAUUCUUCAAGGAGAAAGAUGUGUUUUGUGGCCAUGAAAUUGAUGCCAAUGGUUUACACAAAACCCAAGAGAAGAUCGAGGCAGUAGUGAACGCCCCUAGGCCCGAGAAUGUGUCACAAGUUCGAUCCUUCCUAGGACUGGUAAAUUACUAUAAUCGGUUUCUCCCCAACGCAGCUUCAGUUCUUCACCCACUACACGUAUUGCUUCAGAAAAGUCACAAGUGGAAGUGGACUGAACAAUGUGAGAAAGCUUUUAAAAAUGCCAAGCACUUGAUAACCUCUGACCUAGUCCUAACCCACUACGACACAACGCUUCCAGUUAAGAUCGCAUGUGAUGCUUCACCAACCGGAAUUGGUGCAGUGUUGUCGCAUGUUAUGGCAGAUGGAAGUGAAAGACCAGUGGCUUUUGCAUCCAGAUCCCUCACCAAGACGGAGCGCAAGUACUCCCAGAUUGACAAGGAAGCACUGUCAAUUGUAUGGGGGGUCAAGAAGUUUCACAUAUAUUUGUAUGGGCGACGGUUUACACUAGUCACUGACCAUAAACCUCUGACAUCCAUUUUCCAUCCAGAAAAAGGAAUACCCAUAAUGACGGCCACAAGACUCCAACGCUAUGCAUUGUUCCUAGCUGGAUUCGAAUACGACAUUGAGUACAAGAAUACGAAAGAACACUGUAAUGCAGAUAGUCUAUCACGACUACCACUGCCAAUGACGGAGAAAGAGGAUACAGCUGUGGAUGCAGCUGAAGUGUUUCAUGCAACCCAGUUAAACAUUCUCCCAGUCACCAGUGAAUCGGUAGCUAAAGAGACAAAUCGUGAUCCCAUAUUAGCCAGAGUUUAUGAUUCAAUAGUUAAAGGUUGGUCAGCACGUUUCGAGGGAGACAAGCCCUACCAUGACCGACAGAGUGAACUUACAGUUCAUCAAGGUUGUAUCCUUUGGGGAAUGAGAGUGGUCAUCCCUAGCAAGUUGCAAGAGAGAAUUCUGCGAGAGCUACAUGAUAGUUAUUUGGGUAUCGUCAAGAUGAAGGCCCUAUCACGAAGCUAUGUGUGGUGGCCAAACAUCAACCAACAGUUGGAGAACGUAGCGAAAACCUGUAGUGGUUGCCUACAGAACCAAAAGAUGCCAUCCAAGGUAUCCUUACACCCAUGGGAAUGGACCACUUCACCAUGGCAACGUGUACAUAUUGAUUAUGCUGGUCCUUUUAAGGAUACUAUGUUCCUGGUGGUGGUCGACGCACACAGCAAGUGGCCAGAAGUAAUUCCUAUGAAGUCGACAACCGCAGCGAAGACCAUUGAAGUACUACGAAAUUUGUUUGCACGAUUCGGAAUCCCGGAACAGAUUGUCUCCGAUAAUGGCCCCCAAUUCGUCUCAGAAGAAUUCCGGUCGUUUAUGAAAUCUAAUGGAGUAAAACACAUCACCUCUGCCCCAUACCACCCUGCUACAAAUGGCCUUGCAGAAAGAUCAGUGCAAACAUUCAAACAGGCACUGCGUUCAAUGGAAGAAAGUUCGAAGCCAAUUCAAGAGAAGUUAGCAAAAUUUCUUAUAACCUAUAGAAAUACCCCACAUUCAACAACUGGAGAGAGCCCAGCACAACUUAUGCUUGGCAGGCCAAUACGGACACGUUUAGACUUAGUUAAACCUAAUCUGAACAGGAAGAUGGUGAUCAAACAACAGGAGCAGAGCAGGAAGUCGGCCAGUGCCAAGAACAGAGCAACACGGCAGUUGGAAGUGGGAGACAUGGUAAUGGCACGUGAUUACCGAGGAAAUCUAAAGUGGAGAUCGGGAAAGGUCAUUGAAAGGAUCGGACCUUUGAUGUAUAAGAUCGAAGUGACAUCGGGCGUAAUCUGGCACAGACAUAUUGACCAACUGCUGCCAACCGAAGUUAAACUAAGCACAAUACAGGACAGGGAGCAAACUGCGAAUAUGGGAGUAGUGCAGCCGGAAGUGAUAUCCAGUUCAAGUGAACAGACGUUGCCAAUAGUAGCAGCGGACUUGCAAGUGCAACAGGGCUCCAGCACCCACGAACUUGUAAAUGAGAGCACUACAGAGACAUCAAUGCCUCUGGCGACAACGAGCGAACGAAGAUAUCCAGAAAGAGUGAGGAAACCACCUGUGAGACUUGAUCUCUAA